UAUGUUUACUGAAGAUGGCGACUGAGAAAUAAUGUCAUCUUAUAGUUAUUGCUGAUUGUCCAAACUAAUUGUGUUACAAAUUUACUUACAAAUAAUGAUAGACCUUGUAGGUGUGAAAACAGUUUUUUCAAUGUGCAGGUGAUACAAAUAACGUUCAUGGGGAGAUUUUACUUUAGAAGAGUUCCAUAAAAGUUCAAAAGGCAGUGUGCAACAUGGCAUCUCCUGUUGAUUAUCAAUGGGCAUAUUCCAUCAUGGACUCGUCAAGAGUAUCCACAUUUCUCAUCUCCAUUCUCCUCAUAGUCUACGGAAGUUUCAGAUCUCUGAACAUGGAGCAAGAAGCAAGAGAGAGAGAAAAAGAAAGAGAGAAAGAGAGAGCUAAAGGCCUGUUAUCAGGCAUAGCUACGUCUGCAAGUACAGGUUGUGAUAAUAAUGUUCAAACACUAGACACAAUGCAAGCUUUAUGCCUACCGCUCGGAGCUUCCAUAUCCCUUCUGGUGAUGUUUUUCUUCUUCGACUCAAUGCAGAUGCUGUUUGCAAUAUGUACAGCAAUUAUUGCGACAGUUGCAUUGGCAUUCCUACUGUUGCCGAUGUGCCAGUAUAUCAUUCGUCCGUGUUCAGAUGGUAACAAAAUAUCAUUUGGCAUCUGCGGACGUUUCACCGGUGCGGAGCUCUUCUCCUUCUCCUUGGCACUGUUCAUCGUUUGUAUCUGGGUCCUCACAGGCCACUGGCUACUCAUGGAUGCUAUGGGGAUGGGGCUGUGCGUUGCCUUCAUCGCGUUUGUGCGUCUGCCAAGCCUGAAAGUUUCGACUUUGCUGCUCACGGGACUCCUCAUCUACGAUGUCUUCUGGGUGUUUUUCUCAUCGUACAUCUUCAAUACGAACGUUAUGGUCAAGGUGGCGACGAGACCAGCAGAGAACCCUGUUGGCCUAGUAGCUCGGAAGCUACACAUCGGUGGGGUGGUUAAAGAAGCACCCAAACUCUCAUUGCCGGGCAAACUGGUAUUCCCGAGUUUGCACAACACAGGCCACUUCUCCAUGCUGGGCCUAGGGGAUAUUGUGAUGCCAGGAUUGUUGCUGUGUUUCGUACUCCGUUACGAUGCAUAUAAGAAAUCUCAGUUGUUACACCUGGGGGAAACUGGUGUUCCUCCUCCAAAGCACUUAAAUAAACUGAGUUACUUCCACUGUUCGCUGAUCGGCUACUUCUUGGGAUUACUGACAGCGACUGUUUCAUCCGAAGUGUUCAAGGCCGCACAGCCAGCUCUGCUGUACUUGGUUCCAUUCACCCUUCUACCUCUGCUCACCAUGGCUUAUCUCAAGGGUGAUCUGAGACGUAUGUGGAGCGAACCUUUCAUAAUUCAUCCUCCAUCUAAACACUUAGAAGUCUGACUAAAGUAUUGGCCAGUUUUUUCAAUGCUGACGUGAAUCACUCAUGACACUAGUCGAAGCACAUAUGGCUGCUCAUUGUACUGCCACUUCAAUACUCCACUUUGUUUUGUAUACUCUUUUUAUAAUUAUAUAUAAUGGUUAUAAUAUCGGCUGUGGCUCUUUAAUGCAUUUAAACUGUUAUAAGUUGCUUAGUCUCUGAAACGGACAACAGACAAAUGAACUCUAACGGGCACUCCCGGUUUUGUUGUACCUCUAACUGCUUUUUUUGGGAGUGCCAAAAAGCAAAACCACCAUCAAGGAUUUUUCUGUAAAACAGAUCGUAACUACAUCAAGUUUUUUUAAUUAUUUCUGCUGCUGUGCACUAAAUUGCAUGUUUUCCCUAGCGCAGGUUUUUGUGUGUAUAAAAUUUUUUAUUAAAUGUGUUUAAACUAGUGUAACAAAAUACAUCUGAAUAAUAGGCAUAUGUGUGAUUGUGUGUGCUAGCCACAGAUCUGCCAGGUCAUGUAUCCCACCCCCACCGUAAUACGGUGGAGUCACUGGUAUGAGGACAAACGUGGUGCGAUCAAAGAUUUAAUCGAGGACAAAUUGUUACUCGUUGCAAACGAGACUGCAAACUUUGUGUAAGUUAUUAAGUGUUUGAGUGAUUUUAUACUUAUUGUUAUUAUUUUGAGACCACAAUGUAUUAUAUACCGAGUUGUAUUAAGUUAGACUCUGAAUAUUUGAAAAACGUGUAUCGGAGUUUGCAGCCAAAGUGCGGACAUUAACAAAUGAACAAAACAUGUUAUACAAAAAAUUCAGAGAAAAGAAUUCAUGACUAUGUAAAUGGAAUUGUGAACAAUUACAUGUAAGUGGUUAUAUGAUAAUUUGUACAGAGUUGGUAUUAAAAGGGAUAUGCACAUGGGUA